AUGAACAAACUAUUUUUCCCGAAUCUUAAAUCGCUUUCUAUUUAUCGAUGUUUAAUAUCGACAUCGUUACUGCAAACCCUGUCUUCGCUCAUUCAACAUCAGUUAAAUCAUCUCACAUUGAAAUUUGAUCACGACGCAGUGCGUGUACUUAAUAAUGUACGAGGAAAGUCGCCAAUUAUCGACGACAUAGAACAGUCCAAGUGUGAAAUGUCUGUUCUUCUACGUCAAAUAUUUUCUAGUCAAUGCAAACUGAAAUCUCUUUACCUUGAUAUGAAGAAUUUAUCUUAUUGGGAACAUAUAUGCCUAAAGAGACAUUUUGAUUGUUUCGACUACAAUCAACAUCAAUUCCAAUGUGUAAAUUUAUGCCGUUUACAUAUUCAUCUUGAAUAUAUGUGUUUCUUGGAACAUCUUAUUCAUCAUGUUCCUAAUCUUGAAAAGUUGUCGGUUGUUUGUACACAUUUGCAGCUUGAUGAAGUACGUCGUUUGGAUGUUGAAACAUUCAGAGCAUCAGAUGAAGGUUGGAUUUACAAGGUGCCAAAAUUAAAAUAUUUUAUGUUGAAAAGUGGGAUAGAUGAUGCUACUGAACUCAACCACUUGAAAUGGCUUCUGAAUAAUCUUCGUCAUAUUAGCAAACUUCGAAUCUAUUUAAAAUACCGAGUAGGAUGGUUAAGAAAUUCACACUCAAACAUAUCUAAUACCAUCGAUACGAAUUUUAUUCGUCAAUAUUGUCUACCUGGGAUAUUAUCUAAUUUAAAAGAUUUCUAUCUUUAUAUUGGCCAACCAUUCGCAACUUCAACGACUGAGAUGGAAAGGAUUAAUGAUGAAUUUACAAACAAUCUUUUGUUCCUUAAUGGUCAAUAUAUCAAAUUUCAAGUUAUUCAUGAUCAGAAGAGAUCUUAUCAACAUAUUUUUUCUUCCAAUCUCGAUCAAUCGCAGUUUUUAGCACAAUCACUCGUUGAACAGAAUAGAUACGAAUGCUCAGAUAUUCAAAACAUUCGAUUUGAUUUGGAUCAAUCGUUUUGCCGAGAUUUGAAACAAUUUAGUAAAUCAUCUUUAAAUAUUUCAUCGAUCUCAGUUCGUCCAGUUACUACUAGUAUAGAACCCAUACAAUUGCAACCGUUAUUAUCAGCAUUUGAGACAACGAUCAAUAAUUUAGAUGUUAAACUUCGAAAUGUUACAAUACUUCGAUUUGGUUUUUGCAAUGUUUUCAUGAUGCAUCCCUGCCAUCAAUUAUCAAACAGUAUUAAAACGUAUGUGACAAUACUGGCUCAUCUUGUUUCAAUACCAAAUCAAUUGAGAUCUCUAUUUAUUGCAAAAUUUGAAUGGCUAUUAUAUUUAUUUCAAUAUGCUGCCGAUAAAUUGCGCAAGAAUGCGUUGAACACUGUUCGGUGUAUUGAAUUCGGUCUCGCAAGCUGUAAUUAUGGGUCGAAUGAAUCGAUUGGUUUAGGAGCAAAUCUUGUACCUGUUCUUAGUACUUAUAUGCCGCAUCUACGUAUAUUACGGCUUUGGAGACUUGAUGAUUUUCCAUGGACAUCGCAUGAACACACGAUUGUUUUUGAACAAAAUCUUUGUCAACUGCAUGAUCAAUUGAAAGAAUUGCUUUUUCUCGAUAUAUAUGGUGUCAUUUCGGAUAUGAAAGUGGAAUCCUAUCGUCAAAUGGUUCAAACGCGUUUUCCAAGUUGUCGAGUCUAUGUUAAAACAUCGAGAUUUUGCCUUUGGUUUUGA